AUGGAGGCGAGUAAACUGAACUCUAAUGUAAAUAAUUUGAGGGAGGAGCUAAUGGCCUUCUCAUUUGUGGAAGCAGUAGCUGUUCAAACCCUUUUGGCUGCUCAAAAAUCUCUGGCCUGCCUUCUGAUAGAAUCUCUGUUGAACAAUGUUGAUGGAGUACCAAACUUGAUUGAGAAAAGGUUUCCCUUGAAUGAUCUUCGUAGAAUGGAAAAGCCUGGACCCGAAAAUAAAGACGGAAGUGAUACAGAGGAUGAUGAUGAAGAAGAUGAUGGUGAAGAUGCCGAUGAGCAAGUAGACGACGAUGAUGGUGAUGAAGACUUCUCAGGUGGUGAAGAAGGGGGAGACGAUGAAGAAGAAGGGGAUCCCGAGGGUAAUCCUGAGGCUAAUGGAAAUGAUGGGAGUGACAACGAAGAUGAUGAUGGUGAUGAGGAUGAGGAUGAGGAUGAGGAUGGGGAGGAUGAAGAGGAGGAGGAGGAGGAGGAGGAUCAACCACCAGCUAAAAAGAAGAAGUGA